UGUGUGGUUUGGUUGGCGUUUGGCAUUUGAGAUUUGACAGAUGGGUUGAUGUCAAUAUUAAGAUGAGAGGUAGUGAGCAGCUUCAGUGGUUGCUGGGGUGGAACUUACUAUUCUCUGUCGUCUCCCAGCUCGACCUAGACUCACCACAGUGGCGAGAAUGUCCUCAGAUGCUGCCCAAGGUCCUCGUAGGCUACGCGCCGCGUGGCAACGAGUCAGCUGGCGUCUACAAGAAGAGUCCUGAGGCAGUGACUAUAUCAAGUUGUGUGGCCCUGUGUUGUGAACAGCCAUCCUGCAACAUUGUCUUUAUGUUCAAGCAAACUUGUUUCCAAAUUGAGUGUGAGAGCGACUCUCUAUGUGAGCCAGUGUAUAGAGAAGGUUCCCAGUUUGGCAACAACGUCCGGAUGGUCUUAGUCCGUCCUGUCAUAGGUGGAAGUUGGGGGGACAUCACCGAUGUUAUGGCUCCUGUUGAUUAUAACAGAGACAAGUUGUGGUUCGGCACCAAUCUACAAGACUUAGAUAUGGCCGAGAGCAACGUCAACGCAGACAAAGUGUGUGUGAUGGAUUGUCCGGAACACGAGCACUGCAGUGUGGCGACAACCGAGUGUGUUUGUGACGUGGGAUACCUGCGCAACAGACAGGGCGACUGUAUAUCUGCUGGAAACAUGACAGCUGUAUCUGCCUUGCUGUUAUCACCUUCAAGGGAAUCUACGGAAUCUCCUUCCUCUUCUAAGGUGUCCGAUGGAAUUGAUUCCAGUUCCAAAGUUCCUGUCCAAACGCUCCAUGUUUCGGUGUUGUCCAAAGUUGUUCGGUUGCCUGAAAACGGAGCAGCGUUGUCUGCAUACACCAUCCCAGCACAGUUAUCUGACGGAGGAAAGUACAACUACGAAUGGACCUUAAUUUCCCAACCAGAGGGAAGUAGCAAGGGCACGAUGACAGAUAAGAACGGGGAAACACUGAAGCUAAGUAACCUAAGCGAAGGAGUUUACGAGUUCAAGGUGGCUGUAUCGGGUCCUGGAGUUUACGGAGAAGCUUUCGCUAACGUCACCGUCAUGCCUCCUAAGAGGAUCAACAAACCACCUGUGGCCAUAGUGAAGCCGGCGUCCAAAACGGUAAAGCUGCCGAACACGGGAGCCGUGCUGGACGGGUCGUCUAGCUACGAUGACGCAGCCAUCAUAGCUUGGCAUUGGGAACUGCAGAAAGGACCUCUCGGCUACCAGCCGACUCUGCAGGACAGUCCUACGCUGGUGCUGAAUAAUCUCAACAUCACUGGCAACUACACCUUCACGCUAACAGUGGAAGAUUCUGACCAUGAGAAGAACUCUACAGUAGCCAACAUCACAGUACUGCAGAUGCCAGAUUAUCCUCCAGUGGCCAAUGCAGGCCAAGACGUGAUACUCUACCUGCCUCACAAUAAUGUCACUCUCAACGGCAGUCUCAGUUCAGACGACAAGGCCAUCGUCAGCUGGGAGUGGACGAAAAGCCCGUCUGACCAGGAUAAAGCUGUUGACAUGCAGAAAACACGCACCCCUUACCUCGAGCUGUCCAAUCUGGAGGAGGGGAUGUACACGUUCAUACUGAAAGUGACCGAUGAAGCCGAUCAGUCGGACACUUCAACUGUUCAUGUGUUUGUCAAACCUCCCACCAACAAACCACCAUCUGCUAAUGCCGGAACGAACAUAACUGUCUCACUGCCUCAAACUACCGUACUAUUGGAUGGAAGCAAAAGUUCUGAUGAUAUUAAAAUUGUCUCUUGGAGUUGGGAAAUGGUCAGUGGUCCAGGCAAUGUGGAGUUCAGUGCGCACAACGAGAGUGUUACCAACGUGACCGGACUCACUAAGGGGCAGUACGUGUUCAAACUGACGGUGACGGACGGUAACGGCAACAUCGCCACUAACACUGUCGGAGUCACUGUCACCCAGAACAGUAACUCCCCGCCCAAGGCCAAUGCAGGAGGAGACCACACUGUAGAACUGCCUGUAGACGUGCUCGUACUCAACGGGUCUCAGUCCCGGGAUGACCUGGCUAUAGCCAAGUGGCUGUGGACCCGGGAACCCACCAGCCUCGCUAUCGGCACCAUCAUAGCCGGCACCGACACUUCACCAACCCUCAUGUUGACCAACGUUGUGGCUGGUCGUUACUUGUUCCGUCUGAGAGUUACGGAUGAACAAGGAGAAUGGGACGAAGACACUGUCUCUGUCAUUGUUAAACCAGAUCCCCAUCUGUACCACCUGGUAGAGUUGACUCUCAACAUUGAGUCUAGUCAGCUGACCAAGUCCCGCAGUGACUCUGUUGUCAUGAAGCUGGGACUGCUGCUGCGGGAUGCAGCUAGUCUGGUUGUUAGAGCUCUGCAGACUGAGGCAGCAACUGGUAGAGCAGUCCUGGUGUUCUAUGUGACAACCUCCCACGGCGCUCUGCCCGGUCCCUCGGUGGUUCGAACGCUGCGUAACAAGUUGGCACAAGACUCUGUGUUGUUACAGCUCAGUGUCGCCAACAUCCAGACAACAGUCUGCCAAAACAAUUGUUCAGGCCACGGCGUGUGUGACCAGGCCACUAGACAAUGUAUGUGCGAGGCUUUCUGGAUGCAGGAUUUGUUCCGCAAACACUUCGGGGACGGUGACUCCAACUGUGACUGGAGUAUCCUGUACGUAGUGAUUGCACUGUUCACAUGUUUCGUAUGUGUGGUUGGCUGUGUUUGGGGCCUCGUGUGUGUCUGCUCUAGACUCUGCCUCUGUUGCCAACGUCCUUCCAAGAGGCAGCGUUAUGCCUUACUAGACAAUAACGAAGACUCACGCUUGCCUUUGGGGAAAGUUAUGGUGUCGGAAAGCGAGUCGGACUCAGAUAUUUUAUUCGAGAGCCGCAAACCGAACAAAUUGACGAACGGAGAUGCCCGCAACGGGGUGAAGAACAAUCGACCAAUGACAGGGUUCAAGAUGGAGAGGAGAGUAAAGACCUAACUAUUUGUGAUACAAAUUUUUAAUGUGAUGGAAGUAGUUUUAAGCCUAAGAAUAUUUAUUGACUUGUUUAACAGUACUCUCUUUCAAAAGGAUGCACAAUAAUGUUUUAACUUGUUUUUCAUCUACUUAUUAAAAGAUAGUAUUUUAAUUUUAUACUGAGUUGGUAGGCUGGUACGAUUUAUUUAUUCCAAAAAGGAAUAAAAUAAUUAUUGGUAAAUCCAUUUAAAAUUUCACUUUUAGCUUGUUUUACCUUGGUCGUUAAGCUAGAGCUCGGGCCAAAACAAGUCACUUGAAGCCCUUGUCAUCAAAUUAUUUUUAGUUUUUAAUAAUGGUUGUUACUGAGAGAUUAAUUCAAACCAUCAAUUAUUAAUAUUUAGUGACUUUAAUGAACUAAUCAUUACAACAAUUUCUUUUUAUCAAAAGGCGUGGUAGUUUUUCUAGUGAUUUAGGCUGACAAGGUGAAUGUCGUGCGGGUGUUAUAGGCACUGAUCUCCCUUGCUGGAUUUGGCCGCCAGGAUAACACAUUGUGUAUUAAUUGGUGUUGAGAAAUGCAGCCGUAAUAGAACAGCUAGAAUAACCUGCACACAAGAUUAGGUUAGAUCAAUUGGACAGAGAUAUUGAUUGUAAAACGUGUGUAUUUUGUUCAACUUCAGUUAGCUGUGACUUAAAAUAGGGAAGAUAACCAAACUGACGUAAAAAUAGUUACCUACAAAAGAACAAGGCCCCACUAGAAAAACAGGCCAUGCUGCAGCGCAGGCAGCACAAUAAUAUGUCACAGUGGUGAAUAGUUGUACUAAAAUAUUGCUGUUAAAAUUUGACAAACCGAGCUCAUUUACCUAAAACAUAUGGUAUAUGGCAGUGAAUCUAUCGGGGUAGCAGAUUUUUAUCUCCUUGGGCAAAAAUGACGUCAUAAACCAGGGGGUAAAAUUCCGGCCACAAACUUGAGUUGCACAACAUCAGUUCGAUGGAUUAAAGGUGGAAAUUAAUUUAUAUUUUCACGGUUGUGAAUAUAAUCAGAAAACACCAAAUUAUAAAAACCUAGAGUGGCCCGGAUUUUUUAGUGGCCCCUGGCAUAUAGAAUUAAGUGAGAAUGAUUAAUUUUAUUUUUUAGUUUUAUUUUAAUAGUAAACAUUUUAUUAUUAAGUAGCUUAUCUUAAUUUAUUUGUAACUUUAACUAAACAAACAGGUUUUGAAUUUUAAUUUUAAUAUUCGAGUUUUGGGAUUUGACUUUUGGGGCCAACUGCUGGUUAAUAUGUAUAUUAUACAAACAUUUGGGUUUCCUUGCAGUUUAGUCAACACAAUAAUCGGUCGAAUACUUUGUACCGGAUGCCUACAACUACAUUUUACAACAGGUAUUUCGAUCACCUUUCUCAGUACAAACCAUAAAUAGCUCACGACCCCUGAAGGAAGGGCCUGAAGAAACAAAAAGGCAUAUUGUGCUAUCAUUCAACAGAAACUAAAUAAAUUGUUUUUUCACGGUUGUAUAAUAAAUCGUUUAAGAAAUGUCCAACCAAUUAUAAUUUUAAUGAGAUACUCAGUUUAUUAUACAUACAUAUUAAAAAACAGUUGGUCCCAAACCGAAAUCCCGAAUAUCGAAAUUAAACAGUGAAACCUGUUUACUUAGUUGAGAUUACAAAUAGGCUACUUAAUAAUAAAAUGUUUACUAUUAAAUUAAAACUGACGAAAAGACUUCCAAAUCCGCAGGGGUAAAAUUUCACCUUCAACAGUCAUAGUGACGUCAGCUUUGCUCAGGGGGAUGAAAUUCCGGGGACCCAAUCUGUCCAAAAGUGUGACGUCAUGGAUCCUGUGCAGCAUGGCCUGUUUUUCUAGUGGAGCCUUGCCAAAACUUAAGAGGAGUGACAUCUAUGUUUAAGUAAUUAGUUUAUAUGAUGGAUAACACUCUGGACGUGUAGUAUUUUUACAUCUUAAAAGUAUUAUAUUAUUUAUAUCACAAUAUUUGUGUCCUUGGUAAGUUUUAUUGCAUUUAUAUUUUGUUUGUUUCACCUUAGUUAAGAUUUGUAUUAAUUUGAAUACAAUAUAUCAACUGUGCUAGUCAUGACAUACCAGGUGUAUUUUGCUGUAGCCUACUUACGGUAACCAACGAAUGGUGUGUGAUUCAUUUACAUUAUGUAAACUAUGUAUAUAAAUUAUUGAUUUGUAAUAAAUGUGAUGUAUA